UCUUCUUUCCUCCUCCUCAUCCUCCUCCUUCUUCUCCACGACCAAAACAGAAAACAAAAAGAAUAGUAAAACAGAGAAUGAGAUAAUAUGGUGGGACUAAGCAUAGUAUUGGAAGGCCAAAAGAGUAGUAGUAGUAGUAUUAAUAACAAGAAAAUCAUCAAUCAUCAAGUUAUCAACAAAACCACCAUGAUCAUCAACAACAACAACAACAAGAACAACAAGUCAGCUUUCUCUCUCUACAACGUCAACAACAGGCCUUUUCUCGCUCCAACUUUUCUGGAACAAUGCUUUCUUUGCCACCAGAAGCUCUUGCCCGGAAAAGACAUCUACAUGUACAGGGGAGAUAGGGCUUUUUGCAGCGUGGAGUGUAGAUGCAGGCAGAUUUUCAUGGACGAUGAAGAAAGUAUUCUCAAAGAUAACUGUUCAUUGGCUGCCAUAAAACCCAGUUCUUCUUCUUCUUCAUCAUCAUCAUCAUCGUGCUCUUCUUCAUCAUCUUCAUCUUCUCGUCACCGCAAAGGAGCAAGGAACAAAGCGGGUGGGUUUGCCUGCUAAAGAGAGAAGUUACAAGUAUGGAAAUUAAAAUUGGUUUUUUUUUGGGAAGUUUUUUUUACCGGUUUUACCCUUGGUUGAAUUUGUAAUGACGUUGAUGUCCCUAUGUUGUUUUGCGGCUUUUGCCUCCUGGUAUGAAGACAAAAGAGUCCUUUAACUUCUUUUGCCACCCCCUGCGUACUACACAUCUAUAAUCUGUGGGCUCUUGAUGGAGGAAAGGAUUAGCGGGGGAAUUUGUGACAGUUAAAGGGCAUUUAUGUUAUUUCCUGGCGUGAUUAAUCUUUGAUUAACUU